CCCUAUAAGAGGAGCCGAGCUGGGCUCGGCCCGAGCAGCGCCGGAGGUCCGAGUCUGCGUCUUGCUUCAACAGUGUUUGGACGGAGCAGACCCGGGGACUCCCUUUGCCAGCUUCCAGCCGCCUCUCCGCCUCUGGGACCCCUGCUCGCUCGCUGCCGGCUCCCAGACCAGCCAGCACCGUCUCUCGCGGUUAGCUCCACACUGCGUACCAGCCAUGAGCUCCCAGGUUCGCCAGAAUUAUUCCACCGAAGUGGAGGCUGCAGUGAACCGCCUGGUCAACUUGCACCUGCGGGCCUCCUACACCUACCUCUCUUUGGGCUACUAUUUUGAUCGGGAUGACGUGGCUCUGGAGGGUGUAGGCCACUUCUUCCGCGAAUUGGCCGAGGAGAAGCGCGAGGGCGCCGAGCGGCUGCUCAAGAUGCAGAACGAACGCGGAGGCCGCGCACUAUUCCAGGAUGUGCAGAAGCCAUCUCAAGAUGAGUGGGGAAAAUCCCAGGAGGCCAUGGAAGCUGCCUUGGUCCUGGAGAAGAGCCUGAACCAGGCCCUGUUGGAUCUUCACGCCCUGGCUUCUGCUCGUGCAGAUCCUCACCUCUGUGACUUCAUGGAAAACCACUUCCUGGAUGAGGAGGUGAAGCUCAUCAAGAAGAUGGGCAACCACCUGACCAACCUCCGCAGGGUGGCCGGGCCCCAGCCGGCACAGACUGGUGUGCCCCCGCCAUCUCUGGGCGAGUACCUCUUCGAGAGGCUCACUCUCAAGCAUGACUAGGAGGCCUCACCUUCCAAGGGGCUCCCUCCUCUGCUCUGCACCAGCUGGCCUCAGGACCUUCACCUGAACCUCUAGGCAGCUUUGUAACCGCUCUGGAGCCCCUCCCAAGUCUUGGGACCAAGUGAAAAUAAAGCAUUUUGAAUAGCA